AUGGAUAUCUUCGAUAAGCCCUACUAUAAAUCAACCAAGAACUUUGCUACUGGGAUUGGACGGUGGCCGUACCAAUCUCGAAUGCAGAGUUUGAUAAUAAUUACUUUCUUAUGGAUUGUAUUUUUUUUGCAAGCUAUUCCACAAAUUUUUGCGCUUGUCAUGUACUCUGAUGACCGGGAUAUUCUAAUUGAAGCAUUGUCAUCAUUCAUUGUAGACGUUGCACUUGCAGCGAAAUAUUUAAACGCGAGUUAUCAUGCUGAUUUGAUAAGAAAUUUAUUCGAUAAAGUGCAAUUAGAUUGGAAAUUGAUGAUGAACGAGGGAGAAAAACGUGUUCAAGAAUAUCAUUCGGAGACUGGAAGGAUUUUAGCUACUGGAUAUGGAGCAUUUUUAUCCGCAUCGGCAAUGAUAUUCAUUAUGGAACCAAUUGUACCAAGGAUAUACAGCUUAUUUUCAACAUCCAAUGAAUCUAUUUCAUUUCGAUUCGCUCUUCCGCUAGAAUACGUGAUAUUCGAAAAAGAAGAUCACUAUUGGCUGAUGCUGACCAUCUCUAAUACGUUUGUUCUCAUAAUUAUAUUUGGUUUUAUUUCAUGCGAUCUUAUUUUCAUCACAUUGCUGCAGCAUAUUUGCGGGCAAUUCGCUGUUUUAGGGUAUCGCAUAGAAAACACGCCUACUGCUGAAAUUACAACAAAUAACGAAAAAGAAGAAUUGAUUAUUUCUCAAAAAAUUGAUCAAGAUGCUUCUUACCAACAUUUAGUUUCAUGCAUCCAAAUGCACAGCAGAGCAUUGGAGUACGUUUUUUUUGAUACUUUAUUUGCAGAGCUUCUUGAAGAGUGUUUUGCAAUGAGCUUCGGAGUGGUGAUUGGCAUAAAUUUACCGAUUAUGAGUCUUACUGGCUUUCAGAUCAUAACGCAAUCCAGCACAGUGCAACAAAUUUUGAAAAGUUUAUCAUUCUCUGGCAGUCAAAUCCUCCAUCUUUUUUUUGACUGCUACAUGUCGCAGAAACUCAAUGAUUCAAGCUCAGAAAUAGCUCAAAGCAUUGCUAAUAUAAAAUGGUACAACCAUUCCGUCCGAUCGCAAAAAUUGUUGGUUUUAAUGACAGUAAGAAGUCAAGUGCCCUGCAAAUUGACGGCUGGAAAAAUUAUGGAAUUAUCUAUUGAAAACUUUGCACUGGUAAAAAAAAAAAGGGAUUUUUUU